AAUAACAGUGGGGGGAGCGCGGGUCCCGGGGAGCCGCCCCCGCCCCCCAGCUCGGCUGCGCGGCUCGCGCCCCCCGCCGGGUCCCCACCUCCGCGCCCGCCCCGCGGGCUGACCGGCCCGACCGGGGCCCGCCCCCGGCUCCCACCAUGUACGCCUUUGUGCGGUUCCUGGAGGACAACGUCUGCUACGCGCUGCCCGUGUCGUGCGUGCGCGACUUCAGCCCCCGCUCGCGGCUGGAUUUUGACAACCAGAAGGUGUACGCCGUGUACCGGGGUCCGGAGGAGCUGGGCGCCGGGCCCGAGAGCCCCCCGCGCGCCCCCCGCGACUGGGGCGCGUUGUUGCUCCACAAGGCCCAGAUCCUGGCGCUGGCAGAAGAUAAAUCUGACCUUGAAAACAGUGUGAUGCAGAAGAAAAUAAAAAUCCCCAAACUUUCUCUCAAUCACAUAGAAGAAGAUGGGGAGGUUAAAGAUUAUGGGGAAGAAGAUUUACAGCUUAGACACAUCAAGAGACCUGAGGGGCGGAAGCCAAGCGAAGUGGCGCACAAGAGCAUCGAGGCAGUGGUGGCCCGGCUGGAGAAGCAGAACGGCCUGAGCCUGGGCCACAGCACAUGUCCAGAAGAGAUCUUUGUGGAGGCCUCACCGGGCAUGGAGGACAUGGACAGUCUGGAGGAUGCUGUCGUGCCCCGGGCUCUGUACGAGGAGUUGCUGCGCAACUACCAGCAGCAGCAGGAGGAGAUGCGCCACCUCCAGCAGGAGCUGGAGCGGACUCGGAGGCAGCUGGUACAGCAGGCCAAGAAACUCAAGGAGUACGGGGCGCUUGUGUCUGAAAUGAAAGAGCUCCGUGACCUCAACCGGAGGCUCCAGGAUGUGCUGCUCCUGCGGCUUGGCAGCGGUCCCGCCAUUGACUUGGAAAAAGUAAAGUCAGAAUGUCUCGAGCCCGAGCCGGAGUUACGGAGCACUUUCAGUGAGGAAGCAAAUACGUCGUCCUAUUACCCCGCUCCUGCGCCUGUCAUGGACAAGUAUAUCCUAGACAAUGGCAAGGUCCAUCUGGGAAGCGGGAUUUGGGUUGAUGAGGAGAAAUGGCACCAGCUACAAGUAACCCAAGGAGAUUCCAAGUACACGAAGAACUUGGCAGUCAUGAUUUGGGGAACAGAUGUUCUGAAAAACAGAAGUGUCACAGGAGUCGCCACAAAAAAAAAGAAGGAUGCAAUCCCUAAGCCACCCCUCUCGCCUCACAAACUAAGCAUCGUCAGAGAGUGUUUGUAUGACAGAAUAGCACAAGAAACUGUGGAUGAAACUGAAAUUGCACAGAGACUCUCCAAAGUCAACAAGUACAUCUGUGAAAAAAUCAUGGAUAUCAAUAAAUCCUGUAAAAAUGAAGAAAGAAGGGAAGCAAAAUACAAUUUGCAAUAAACUUUGGAUUUUUCAUAAA